UAGAUCUCGCGCAUACUCGAACCGUUCUCUUUUCACUGUGGUCGCCAUCUUGGAGAAGAAAGAUGUUGAUCCCCAAGAAAAACCGAAUAGCUAUAUACGAGUACCUCUUCAAGGAGGGGAUCAUGGUGGCCAAAAAGGAUUUUAAUCUCGCCAAGCAUCCUGAAAUUGAGGGAGUUCCAAACUUGGAGGUCAUCAAAGCUGCUCAGUCCCUAAAAUCUCGUGGAUAUGUCCAAGAGAAGUUUUCUUGGCAGUGGUACUACUGGUACCUCACCAAUGAUGGAAUCACAUACAUCAGAGAAUUCCUUCACCUUCCUCCUGAGAUUGUACCAGCUACUCUUCGCCGACAAGCCAGGACUGAAACAGCUAGGCCACGACCUAAAGGUCCAGACCAACCCCGCGGCCCUCCUUCUGGUGACUCUGCCGACCGUGAGGCUUACAGGCGUGGUCCUGCCCCUGGUAUGGAACCUAAAGGAGGUGCUGGCUCAGACUUCAAGCCUGAAUUUAGGGCUGGUUAUGGUCGUGGCCGUGGUGGAUUUACAGGUUCAACUCAGCAGUGAACAAUUUAACCAAGAUCAUUGUUAAUAAUACAAAAAAAUAAACAUCCUUCAAGUACAA